AUAUAUUUUGCAUGAAGAAAAUGCAGCAGGCACCAGUGGGGCGAGCACACACACGCACGCAGGUGGAGGAUGGGAUCGGGUCACGCAGGAGGAGUUUGCGCUGCGUGGACCUGCCCUGCUCUAUGGACUGUCCGCGUCAUCUGUGGCUCAUAUCGCAGACUGAAGGUCAUUUUUAUUUUCUUUGCCACUGUUGCAUCCUCCAAUGAAUGACAUCGUCAUGUUGGUCAGAAUUAUUCUUCCCCUCUGCUUAGUGGCCUCACUCUCCAAAGUUGCGCUUGGCGUGGAAAGUGAGCUUUGUUUCCCGAUCAGACUGGAUCGUGACAAUUCUGUCAGCAGCGUGGGUGCUCUCAGUGGAAAACGUGUCCUAAAUAUACGAGCUUUCCACCAGGAUUUAGUGCUCGAUUUACAACGAGACUCCAGUUUCCUCGCUCCGUCCGUUUCCAGCCGGGACGCGUUCUGGGUUUCCGGCGGCGGCGUCACCACCGACCUGAGCCGGUGUUUUUACUCCGGAUAUGUGAACGGUGACCGCUUCUCCUACGCCGCUCUGAGCCUCUGCAAAGGCUUACAGGGCGCGUUUGGCUUCCAAAAUUGGGAAUAUUUUAUCAGCCCGGCGCACAAUGACAGUGGAACAGCAGAAAGCGCGCACAUCAUCCGGCGCAGAAGCAACCUAAAGUUGAACUCGACCUCCCGGUGCGCGGUGGAGGCUGACAUCAGCCUCCAGGUUGCGCAAUCGCUGGAUAAAUACAAGCCUGUCAAAAAUGACAGCAACGUGGCCGAAACGAUGCUGAAGAGGAUGGGGAGAGCCAAAAGGUUCGCGUCAGUUCCGAGGUUUGUGGAAACGCUGGUGGCUGCGGACGAGUCCAUGGCGCAGUUCCACGGAGACGACCUGACGCACUACCUGCUGACGCUUAUGUCGGUGGUGGCGCGGCUCUACAAACACCCCAGCAUCCUGAACUCCAUCAACAUCGUGGUGGUGAAGGUGGUAGUGCUGUCAGAUGAUGACAAAGGACCAAAGGUGUCCGGGAACGCAGCCAUGACGCUGCGAAACUUUUGCACCUGGCAGAAAAAGAUGAACAAACACAACGACAAGAACCCAGAUUACUGGGACACAGCCAUCCUCUUCACUAAGCAGGAUCUGUGCGGGGCCUCCACCUGCGACACCCUUGGCAUGGCCGAUGUCGGCACCAUGUGCGACCCCAAGAGGAGCUGCUCUGUUAUUGAAGACGACGGUCUGCCUUCAGCUUUCACCACAGCUCAUGAACUCGGACACGUGUUCAACAUGCCGCAUGAUAAUGUCAAGGCUUGUGAGGAUGUGUUUGGGAAGCUACAAGACAACCACAUGAUGUCUCCCACGCUCAUUCAGAUCAACCGCACCAGUCCCUGGUCCCACUGCAGUGCAGCUAUCAUCACAGACUUCCUGGAUAGUGGGCAUGGGGAAUGUUUGCUUGAUCAGCCUCACAAACCGCUGCUCCUCCCUGACGCGCUGCCAGGAGCGUCCUACAGCCUGGAGCGUCAGUGUGAGCUUGCAUUCGGUGAAGCCUCCAAGCCCUGUCCCUUCAUGCAGCCACCGUGUGGUCGUCUGUGGUGCACAGGAAAGUCGAACGGCCAUCUGGUGUGCAUGACCCGGCAUUUCCCCUGGGCUGAUGGCACCCAUUGUGGGGAUGGACAGGUCUGUGAGCAAGGGGUCUGCACUGACAAGUAUCAAGUCCAACAAAAGAGGGAGGACGGUCGCUGGGGAAAAUGGGGACCGUUUGGUUCCUGCUCACGCACAUGUGGAGGUGGUAUCCAGCUGUCAAAGAGGGAGUGUAACAACCCCGUUCCAUUCGGUGGUGGGAAGUACUGCCAAGGUGUGCGGGUCAAACACCGCUCCUGCAACCUGAACCCCUGUUCUGGCACAGGUAAGACUUACCGUGAAGAGCAGUGUGAAGCCAGUGGAUUUGGGUUCAGCAAUAACCGUAUCGCUCCAUCUGUGGUGUGGGUACCAAAGUACUCUGGAGUGUCCCCUGGUGAUAGGUGUAAACUCAUCUGCAGGGCUAAUGGCACCGGCUACUUCUACGUCCUGGCACCCAAGGUUGUGGAUGGAACGCCGUGCUCCCCUGACUCUACAGGAGUGUGUGUCCAAGGGAGGUGCAUUAAAGCUGGCUGCGAUGGAAAAAUUGGCUCCAAAAAGAAGUUUGAUAAGUGUGGAAUCUGUGGAGGUGAUAACAAAGGCUGUAAGAAGGUGUCAGGACUUUUCACAAAGCCUGUGCUUGGCUACAACUUUGUUGUUAUGCUGCCAGCAGGCGCAGCCAACAUAGAUAUCCGUCAGCGAGGCUACAAGGGAAUGCCAAGUGAUGACAACUACUUGGCGGUAAAGAACGCCGAUGGCCAGUACCUGCUCAAUGGGAACUAUGUGGUGUCGGCGGUGGAAAGGGACAUCAUAGUCAAAAAUAGCCUGCUCCGCUACAGCGGCACAUUGGGCCUCUCAGAGACCUUGCAGGCUGUGCAUCCUUUGGGAGAAGCACUUACUGUGGAGGUGCUGUGUGUGGGUAAGAUGACACCUCCUCGUAUCCGAUACUCCUUCUACCUCUCCCGUCAUCAAGAGAACAAGAUUUUAAAGAAGGAGGUCCAGGAGCACUUCCACAACAGCGUCCUAGCUGAAGAUGGUGUCAAAGAGAAAGAAGACCUGAAGAAGUCUUUCAGCAAGGAGGAUUCUGUUCUUGUCAAGUGGAUAUCCACAGCGUGGGACAGGUGCUCGGUGACCUGUGGGAAUGGGAUCCAGAGGAGGAUGGUGCAGUGUUUGAGGCUAGACGGGAAGCCGGGUUUGGACUGUAAUCCAAUACAACGACCCGCAGCCACCAGAGUUUGUGGAGAUCCUUGUCCCAUGUGGCAUGUUCAGGAGUGGUCACUUUGCUCCAGAACCUGUGGGAAGGGCUUCAAGAGACGGCCAUUGCAAUGCCAAACAGAAACUGGGCAUCUGCUUCCUAGAGAGCACUGCACUGGCAUACGCAAGCCACAAGAGUUGGACUUCUGUAACCUGAAGCCAUGCUAGUGUCAAAAAAUGGUUGAACUUAUUAAAAUGACACCACCUGUAAGCAUUGCAGUCUGAUCCAAAAAUGUCUGGUGUGGAUUUUCCACUUGGAUCAUGAGACUGAGAAGAUGAUUGAAGGGCAAUAUUAGGACAGAAAAGCUGCAGAAUGAAUGCUGGAAAAAUAUUUUUAUUGCUGUUAUUGUAACUUCAAAUCACAUUAUCUUGAUCGAAAUUUGAUGGUAACACACAAUAUAAAAGAUAAAUCCCGUGUACUUUCUACACAUAUGGAAUGACCUUUUUGCAAACAAUCAGUCUACAGUUAUGAGUCUGGAAACUAUUUACUGACAGAAUAUUUCAUAUUUACAAGGUGCAAAGUUUUAAGUUUUCAGUUGAAAGAUUAAUCACUAUAUGAUAAAAAUUGCUGAGUUGAGUUUUUCCUGCUCAAAGAUGAUUUUCGUGAGAAGUGCCACUCUGCCUGUUUAUGGUUGAAAAGAUGUGCCGCCAGUUUUGCACAAAUUAUUCGAAGGUGGGCUAAUUUACACUCCCAAAGCUGACCACCACUUCUGGAAGGGCGCUUCACAUAUCUGUAUUUGUAAGGUAGCUCCAAGCCGAUGCUUCAUCUGUCUAGCAAUGUUGCAAAUUAUAUUGUUGUUAAUGAAUUAGGAUUAAAGUUAGGAUAAGAGCUAGGAUUUAUCUCUGAAGUGGAAAAAAAAGUCUACAAAUUUGAACAAUACUUCAGGACCCAUGCAACAGCUUACCACACUUCUGGAAGUCUUGAGCAGCAGCAAAAGUCUGAUAUGAAAUUUCUACAUUCCGUACUGUGUGUUAACAUGCACGUUGUUUUUUUAUUUGUUUGUUUGUCAUUUUAAAAGAAAAACAGUGUUCACUCAUCAACACACUGAUCUUUGUGGUGAUGUAUUGUGUACUAUACUGCACUCUUUUUUUAAAAAAGUUUUUAAAUCAUUAUCUCCUGCGACCCAAUCCCAGAUAAGCGGUUGAAGAUGUAUGUAUGUUAUCACCAUCUCCAUCAGCGCAACAACACUGUGUGAUGCUAAAGUUAGCUUCUUCAGUUAAAGUGUGAAACCACUCUUAGUUUGUCCUCUGAGUGUGAUGCUAAUCUUAGCCUGUCCUGUCAGUGUGUGAAGCUAAUUUUAGUUUGUCUUAUCUUAGUGUGGCGCUAAUGAGGAUUUCCAGUCACAGUGUGAUGCUAACGUUAGCAUGUCCUGUCAGUGUGUGAAAAUAGAACUAUGAAAGUGUCACAGCUCAUCAGGAAACUACUUUGUUAGCUGAAAUUUAGAAGUAGGUUGUAAUGUAGAAAUUCAUAAGUUGUCAACAAAU